AUGGCUCUGAUCCCCCAGGUGCAAGCUGCCCUGAGGGACCAGGGUUAUGAACACGUGGCCCUAGCCCCUAUGUGGGCUGCACUAUGGACCAUACCGAUCAGUCAAGUAGCUUCUCUACUUGAAGAUUUGCGAGAUCCCAGUGUAGCGAUGCUUCUAGAGGGCCAGCUGACAAUGAUCAACAAUAACUUUCUGAAAUUUCUGAAGAUUUACAAUGAUAGUAAUCGUCACCGUUACCAACGAAGCAUAACCGAGCGCGAUCAGGCAGCCGAACAGGAUGGACAACAAUGCGUAGUCACAAAAGCCCCAGACCCCCACAAGUGCCAUAUCUUCCCGUUCUCGGCGUUGAACCAUCAGGAUUAUACGGGGGGUAGCUUCCUGGUAUCUAUGGCACGCUUUUGGGGAGAGGAUCGGAUUCGCACACUUUCCCGGAAGCUGGGCGGGCGUUAUGCUCCUGGGGCCACCAACAACAUGAACAUUGUUGACACAUGUGCAAACAUGAUAUCGCUAAGUCCACAAUUGCACGACUGCUGGUUGCGGGGCUACUUCGCCUUCGAACCGAUGGGAGAAGCCAGGCGUUUCGACGGCCAGUACAACACAGGCGCAUCCACUCCCACCGUAUCCGAAUCUACAAGAGCCACCCCACCCAGAGCUGCCAAAAAGCUCAAGCCACUACCAGAGGAAUAUUCUAUCCAACUACGCUUCCAUUGGUUGAAAGAUACAACUAUCCCAACUCUGAAGUCGCUGGUCGACUUUUCAGUAGACCCUAUCACCAUCUUCAAGCAGCCGGUUCCCAAUCAGCCGGAUCCCAAGUGUUAUCUGGCAGCUGUCGAUCUGUCAAACUGGCGGCCCGUCGAGAAUGGUCAAAUCAUCACCAUUAAAGCUCAAGAGCGUGGACUGUUACCCGACUACGACAUCCUGCUCCUGCAGUGGGAUGUGCUCAGAAUGUGGCGUCUUGCGGGCGGUGCUGACCCCGAGAUAUACUCCUUCGAUAGUGACGAUGACACCGACGAGGAUCUUGCUGUCACUGUCGGGAAGACCACUGAAGACAGUCAAAUGCAAAUGGUCGACCAACCACAUGAUACCUUCCGGAGGCGAAAUCAAGGUUCGUCCGAAACAGCCGUCACCAGCAAUCAGGAUCUAUACAAUCCUCGUGGCAAUUACAAAGGUGAUGAUCCGGAUGCAACCCCGCCUACCGAUCAGGGAGAUCUUGCCUAG